AUGAGCCAACAGAAUAUACUACAUUAUGAUAUGGAUGUUACUUCCGUAUCAUGGGUCAAGGAUAACACAUACCAGAUUACUAUUCAUGUCAAAGCCGUAAAAGAUAUCCCUUUGAAAUAUUUAUGGUCUUUAAAGAUUAUUGGUGUCAACGGUCCCUCAAGCACCGUACAACUUUACGGCAAAAAUGAGAAGACAUACCUAAUCAGUGAUCCAACAGAUUUUACAUCCACUUUUCAGGUUUAUGCUUACCCUUCUUCUGACGGUUGCACAGUUUGGAUGCCAAAUUUCCAAAUCCAGUUCGAAUAUCUACAAGGUGAUGCUGCUCAGUACUGGCAAACUUGGCAAUGGGGGACAACCACCUUCGAUUUAUCGACAGGUUGUAACAAUUAUGACAAUCAAGGCCACUCACAAACGGAUUUCCCUGGAUUUUAUUGGACCUACCAGUGCAAGGGAAACAAUGAUGGCACUUGUACAAAAGCCUCGUCUUCAUCCAUUACUACUUCAUCCAUUACUACUUCAUCCACUACUACUUCAUCCACUACUACUUCAUCCACUACUACUUCAUCCUCUACUACUUCAUCCUCUACUACUUCAUCCUCUACUACUUCAUCCUCUACUACUUCAUCCUCUACUACUUCAUCCUCUACUACUUCAUCCUCUACUACUUCAUCCUCUACUACUUCAUCCUCUACUACUUCAUCCUCUACUACUUCAUCCUCUACUACUUCAUCCUCUACGAAAACUUCCACUACUACGUCAUCUACUGUGAAAAGCUCUUCCACUACAUCCAUUGAUUUUACUACUUCCGUUGACUCACAUACUUCAUCAAGCGUAGCCGAUAUUUAUCGUUCAAGAACAUCUACUGAUGUCACCACAUUAGCAGCUUCAACUAGUCCUUUCAGCAGUUUCACUUCAAGUGACUCUAGUAGUUCAAGCGAUGUAACCAGUUCAACCAUUCAAACUACUUCUGUUGAUCCAACCACUUAA